AUGUCGGGAGCGGAGAUUGCUCCUGCGCCUUUGCCAGCGGGAGCGACCGACACUCAAAUCGCGGGACACGAGAAAAUUGCCCUAAAGUUCAAGGAAAAGAACGGAAAAGUGUACACGAGACUGCUUCUGGCCACGUCUGAUGGCCCGGAUGGAUACUCCAGCCCUGCUUCGCAAGUGGUACAGCAGCAUGGGCCAGUCGGUGACGAGGAGUAUGGUGAUGGACGAGGCGUGGCGGCCGUGGCGGCCGUGGUGGACGCAGCCGCCGAGGUAAUGGCGGCCGAAUUGCAGACGGUUCGACCAGUGGAAGUGGGUCGAACGGCAACAACAACAACAACGGAACCUCCGGAGGAGACAGCGCGGGAAAUGCGCAUGGCGGACGCGGGAAUGAUCGCAGGAGCCGAAACUCUGGAGGUCGUGGUCGGGCUCAGGAUACCGGCCUCAACCGUCAAGGACGUUGCAGAUACUGCCGUGCACAACACGCAAGACUCCACCACGCAAGCUUGGUACACGCGGGUGGAAGCGGUGGACGAUGAGCUUGAAGAUUUCGGCAUCGUCUUCGAUAACGACAAGCAGGAGCUGAACGCCCCUUCUGUGGCGUUGCCGAGGGAGCGCGCUGCUGCUGGUGAUCAGGAGCAAGACGCGGCUGGACCGGCGCUGCCGGACGGAGUCGUAAUAUAUGAUCCGCAAGUAUGGGAGUGCGCUGCUGGAGAUGAGCAGACGCAUGAUGUGCCCGAGUCGGCGCUGCCGAAUGUGCGCGCCACUGACGACCUGCAGGAAUUCGCGGAGCCUGCGGCAGCGACGGACCUCGAUCUCACUACCCCUCCUGACUCUCCGGCCGAGAAAGUGACAGAGCUGGUAAGGUACACUAGCGUGUUUCAAGUGGACAAGGAGUCGAAGGAGGUUGGUGAUACGACGCUCUACAUAGAUACAGCGGCGUCGAGCCAUAUGGUAGACGCUGAAUCCCGCAUGUCCAAGCGUGUGUUUGACCUAGUGGACUCCGCCGUGCGUAUCAUCGGGUCGUGCGGAACAUCUAGCGCUACCAAGAAAGACACCCUGAAGUUUGGAAUUCGUAGUGAGCAAGGCAACAUUGUGACGGUGGCACUGGACGUCCUCCUGGUUCGUAAUCUAGGAGCGAAUAUUCUGUCGGUUGGAGCGUUGGCCGAAAAGGGGGUUAAGCGCGAUUUAAUGUCUAUCCCUCCGGCGCUCCGACGCGGCGACCAGGCCUUUCCGAUAUCAAUCGCUGUGCCUCGCAUGUACGUGAUAAACGUCAUCAUUGACGAUCUCAACAUGGACGAUGUAGAAGUGUAUCGCACCAAGGUCGACGCUCACCUAUGGCACCGGAGGAUGGGCCACUGCAAUCCGCGUGCACUGCAGCAGCUGGCGGAAAUGGAUACCACUGGAGUCAAGAAGGGCAGUCACCCUCCAUCUGAUCACCCCCACUCUGAAAUCCGGCUCGAGGUGAUAUGCGCAGACGUGUGGGGGAAGCACCCCAUCAAGUCGUUUGGGGGCUGCCAGAGUACCGUGAUGUUCGUUGACGUGUUUUCUCGCAUGAGGUUCGGCUUCCCAAUCACGACAAAAGACGAAACGGCGGAGUCUCUCCACACAUUUGUCCGGGAGGUAGCCGACCCGAUCGGGCAAAGCAUCGGCACGAUGCACUGCGAUGGUGCAGGAGAAUUCCAGGGCAGAUUCCUGGAGCUGUGCAAGUCCCUCGGAAUUACGGUCAAAACUAGCGCUCCAUACACUCCACAGCAGAACUCCAUCGCAGAACGUGGAUUUGGCACCAUCAUCGGAACUACUCGCAAACUAAUGCUGGGCGCACCGCACCUUCCCAGCGAGCUGUGGGCUGAAGCAUUCCAGACCGCCAUCUAUCUCAAGAAUCGCACACCAACUGAAGUCCUGGGCGGCAAGUCCCCACUCGAGCCUUGUAUGNCAAACACCUCCCCAUUACCGAAAUCAGACAUUAUGUCUAGACUAAAGGGUUGGAUGGUGCAUGGAAUAUUGUUGUAG